AUGCUUAGAAAUAAUGAACAUAAAGACGAAGAUGAUGAUUUCAUGGACAUCUCUAAUUCAAUGGAUCCAGUAGCUGGUGAUAUUUCAGAUAGCGAUGCCGUUGUUACUAAUGAUCCAGCCAUUUCAUCAUCAUCAUCAUCAUCAUCAUCAUCGUUGACAUCAUCGUCUGAUGCUGAAUUAUAUGAUGAAGCUGAUUCAAAUUUAUUUUUAUUAUUUUUUAUCUUGGUGGUGAUCAUUCCUGCAGUCUAUCGAGAAAUCGAAUGGCAUCAGAAUUCCACUUGGCCACGUUGGUUACGCGAAGGACUUGAUUUAUUUAAUACGAAUCCAUCUCGAGCGUACGAUGUUUAUUUAUAUCAGCGAUUGGAUCCUGAUUCGAAACCUCCUUUCAACUGGCCCUAUUGUCGAAAUGUUCAUGAAGAAGCUGGCUUGUAUUUAAAGUUCAUUUUUGAUUUUUAUCAUGAUUUACCCGAUCGAAUGUUAUUUAUUCAUGCUAAACCCGAACGACAUUCGCUUUCUCCGAUCGAAGCAGCUCAAUGCAUUCGUGAUGAUGUUUUUUAUACUAGUGUCAAUAACGUCUGGUUUGGCAAUCGACCUUGGAUUGCUGGAUCUCCCGAUCCCACUGAUAAUCUCACAUUGAUGUAUAAAUGUGCACGACAUCUCCUAGGUUUAUUUGGUUUUGAUGGCGAAGCUCAAUUGAAUCCAGACAAUCACGUCCCAAAAGAUCAGAGUAUUUAUUCGACGAUGUGUUGUGCCCAGUUCUAUGUGAGAAAAGAACGUAUUCGUCAUUAUACCUAUCAACAAUGGUCAGCGAUCUAUAAUGCAAGUCUUCAGCCAUAUUGUACAACUAUGCUUGACCGAGAAAUUCCCGGAACGUUCGGAGUGAGAUCGUUUGGAAGUGCAAUGGAAUUUUUGUGGCAUAUUAUUCUCGGACUGGAAUCGGCAAAUAUGCCCCCGCCAAAAAAGAAAACUAAUACUGAUCUAUGUCAUCUAUUUCGGUCAGGAUGCUUUGGAUCACUAUGUAAUGCAGUCGUCAGUGGAUUUCUAAAGUAA